GAUACUCAUGUUUAUUGGUCUUCUUCAAGGUGUCUCUCCCAACGCAAUCAACUUGCCGGCAGAUUCCUCUCACUUGUUCCACACCACUCCUUUGGGAAAUGCUUGAACAAUGUUGGAGGUCUGGACAUGGCACUGUCCUUCUACCCUGAGUGCUCCAACGGUAACUCUGGCCUUCAUUGGUGGGACCACCUUCACUGUGCCAUGUCACACUACAAGUUUGUUCUUGCCAUUGAGAACACUGUAGCGGACAGUUAUGUGACUGAGAAACUGUACUAUGCCCUUGAUGCGGGUGCAGUUCCUAUCUAUUUUGGUGCCCCCAAUGUAUGGGAUUUUGUGCCACCCAAUUCAAUUAUAGAUGGAUCAAAAUUCAGAUCAAUGGAAGAAUUGGCUUCUUAUGUCAAGGCUGUGGCCGAUGAUCCCGUUGCAUAUGCUGAGUUCCAUGCAUGGAGAAGGUGCGGUGUGCUGGGUAAUUAUGGUAGGGCUCGUGCUGCAAGCCUGGACACGUUGCCUUGUCGAUUAUGUGAACUUGUUAGGAGCAAACAAGGGAGGUAAGGAACAUUAUGAGAUAGAUAUUUGGAUUUGAGAAAUUCAUUCACUUGAGCUAACUUUGUCCAAUUGUCUUCUUGAAUUAUUUUUGGGGCAUUGUGGCUCCCAUACCUUUUUGAGUAGUCCGAGUCCUGUACUCAUAAAAAUGGUGGGAAAUAUCACAUAAUUCAAUGGAAUAGUCCUUUGUGGGUUUCACUCAAGCUAUGUUUUGAUUCAGGCAGCAAUGUAUCUAGACUUCUACAGCGAAAGCAAUCUAAUAAAGGUUUACUUUGAAA